GAAAAGAACACUAUCUGAUUUUAUCUUAUCUAUGAUAACACUAACUUAAUAUUUAUUUAAUAUAAAACUGCGCUUUAAACUAAAGUUCUAAUAAAAAUUUAAAAUGUUUAGUACUUGAUUGAAUAAUUUGAUUAAAAUAGUAAAGUUUGGUUACUAUAAAAAAAUGUAAUUAUUUAAAAUAAAUAAGUAUUUGACUUAUUUUAAUUGUUAACCAUAGUUUUGAUAUUAAGUUUAUUUUAAAGUUAUUUUAUAAUAAGAACCAUCACUCACUUAUGUCAUAAGAUUGCCACUAUGGGUAUUCCUGGCCUGACUACAUUUAUCAAUCGCAAAUCAACACAAUAUUUUGAUAACUAUAAACUAGAAAACACUUCAGUUAUAAUUGAUGGCUAUGCUCUGACAAACUACAUAUAUAAACUUCAAGAAAAUCAAACCAGUGCGUUUGGAGGAGAUUAUGAUUUAAUUGUUCAAGCUUAUAAAGAUUUUAUACAUUUAUUAUUCAAAUGUAAUGUAACUCCAAUAUUCAUAUUUGAUGGUGCUUAUGAACAGCGUAAAAUUGAAACUAUAAUGAAACGAAUGAGUUCACGAAUUCAAACUUAUGGCCAGGCUAUAAAAACGAGUGAUUGUAUACCAUAUUUUGCUAGUGAUAUCAUAUUUGAUAUUUUAAAUGAUAUGAAUGUGCCACAUGUAAAUUGUGACUUUGAAGCAGAUGCCGAGAUAGUUGCAUUAGCUAAAUUAUUAAAAUGUCCUGUAAUUAGUAGAGAUUCAGAUUUCUAUCUUAAUACAGUACAAUAUAUACCUUUGGAUAUGAUUAUUUUUGAAUUUCAAUCUCAAAAUUCAUUUAUUAAUUGUCGGUUAUAUACUGUUGAAAAAUUAUUGCAAGAAUUCGGUGGAUUAAGUUUAGAUUAUUUACCUUUAGUCACUGCAUUAAUGGGUAAUGAUUAUAUUAGGCCUGACACAUUUGCUUUGCCUUUAAGACUAAGACCAAGAACUUUUAAUUGUGGUUUAAAACUUAGUAGAAUUUCUGAUUGGCUAAAAAAACAAAAAAGUAUGAACAGUGCAAUAUACAAUAUGACCCAUCAUUUGACUCAUAAUAAGGAUUACAUUAUAAAACAAAUAGAAAAUAUUAUACAAGAGUACAAAAACACAAAAAGUAAAUAUCUACAGUUUCUUUUAGAAUAUAAUUGUUUAAGUAAAUAUAAAAAAUUAUUAGAAAAUGUUGUGAAAACGGAAGAAAAAUGUGUACUUCCUCAAUGGCUUGAAAAAAACUACCGUAACGGUAUAAUCAAUGCAAAUGUAAUGACAUUAUUAACAAUGAGAAAAAUGUUUUUUAAAAUACAAAUUGAUGAUUAUGAAAAAUCACCAUACUAUUUUGUUAGUUUGAAAAUUGUAGAAAAUAUACUAGGAUUGUUAUUUGGUAAAAGUGAUUCUAUUAUUGGUAUAGGAAGAAAAAAUGGAUUUAAUCAAGGUACUUAUAAACUAAAUCCUAUUGUACCAAUUCCUUAUGUACCAUUAAAAGAUUUAAAUAACACUGACACAGCAUAUCGUAAAAAUAUUGUGUUUAAUCUUAUUGGAAUACCUAAAUUAUUAGGAAUUCCAAAAGAUUGGGAAGUUUUUAUCUUAGCAAUAACAUAUUGGGCAGUACAUACAGAUAAUAAGAAGUCACCUUACUUACAUAUAAUAAUUGUUUGUGCAAUUAUUUUGCAUUUUAAUGAUACAACUAAAAAUUAUUCAAAUUAUCAACCAUUUACAGUUACAAAACCAACAAAUAAAAUAGAAGAAUGUAUUUCAAAUUUGAAAAAAGAUGACCUGACACAAGCAAGUAUUAUAUUAUCUAAGAACAAAAUUGUCAAUGAUUAUAAUGAUAAGAAGUUUUAUUAUAAAACAAUAUAUCCCUUUUCUCAGAUCCAAAGUUGUGUAUAUUUUAUGAUGAUUCUUAAUUCAAUAUUAGAUUUUCCCUUUGGAAAAUGUAGAGUAGAAAAAUAUUUCAAAGGAACCGUUUUUUAUAAUUUAUGUACCAAAAUUGACAAUUGUGAUCCUAGAAUGUUUGUACUUGAGAAUAUAUUUAACAAUUCAAAAUCAUUAGCAUCAUUAUACAUGUCUUUAAUAGAAAAUUUAGAAAUGUUGUUUUCUACUUUGUUAGCAAAACAGAAGAUAAUUUCUAACAAUGAUACCCAGCAUAAAAAAACUAACAAAAAAAGAAAAGCCUACUAAUAAUAGAAAAAAAAUUAAUAUUAAUUUAAAUUGUAAAUAUUUCUAUUUUCAUAUUUGUAUAUUUAUAUUAAUAAACAAAAUAAUUCUUAACCUCAGAAAAUUAUAAAAAAAUAUUCUUGAUCAUACUUUAAAAUAUACCUAGAUUUAAAUUAGUUUCAUUUAUUUUUAGUAAAUUUGUAUAAAAACUAUUUGAAAUUAUUUAUACAAAUUUAGUUUGUAUAUGUCUUAAUAAAUUUUUCAAUAUACUGUAUAAUAUAAAAUAAUAUAUAAAAUUACUUUUUAUCACUUUAUUAUACCAGUAAAAUUAUAAAAGGAACAUUAACAUUUUAUUUGAGAAUUAAGAUAUUCACUAAUUUAUUUAAUCUUUUAUAUAUUAUUUUAAUAACAACUUUAAAUUAGCAUAAUUAAUAUAAUUACCUCUAGAUUGAUAAGAUCUUAGUAAAUCUUGUAAUUUAGCUUGAUGUAAUUUUGCUUGUCUAAUUAAAAGUUCAUUAUGUUCUUUUAGACUAGCCACUUCUAAUUCUAAUGAUUUCCACUCAACAUAAGUAACUUCAAUCUAUAAUAUUCAUAACUAUAAUUAAUUUUUUAAAACGUAUGAAAUUUCAAAUGAAUUUUAAAAACUAUCUCAAAAAUCUCUAUUAAAUUUAAUUUCCAUUAAAAUACAUAAAUAGGUACCUCACUAAUUUUUGAUAUAUUUAAUAAUUUGUUAAAAGGUUUGAUACAUUUUAAACAUGCAGUGCUUAAAAACCUUUUUUUUUAACAUUAAAAAUUUCAAAACUUAUAUUAAUUUAAUGAGAUAUUUUAAAUAUGUUUAAAUUAUUUACUAUGUUUUAAAUAGAUUUUUUUUUUAACAACCCUACUAUUGGUUCAGCAAAUAUCUCAUGUACUUUUUUUUUUAAAUAAUUUUUACAAUUCUAGAUUACAUUAAAAGCAUAUUUUUAUUAUUUGUCUAUAAUAAUAAAAUAAUAAAAAAAUUGUAUUUUUUAAUUUUUUCAAAAUUUUAAAACAGUCAUUUUCUUACAAAAAGUGUUGAUGAGUGAAUAACAACUUUAGGAUAAGUACUUAUUAAGUUAUGACCAUUACAAUACGAAAGUUAAGUUUCAAUGCUUAUGAAAGCAAUAAUAUAUUUUCCAUGAAAUAUUUGCUAUCUGAAAUGUAUAGCAAAUUUUAAUGAAUACUAUAAAUAAUUAAGAACAAAACAUUUAGGAAGAUAAGUUUGGAUUUUGGAAAGGGCGAGGUACAAGAUAAGUGACAAUAGAACUAAGACAAAUCUUUGAGAGAAUAAUUACAUUGAAUAGAAAUAUUAUAGCAACAUUCAUAGAUUUAGAGAAGGCUUUCAAUAAAGUCCAUUGGAGAAUUUUAUUCAAGAUAUUAAGAGAAAAAGUAAUUGAUUGGAAAGAUAUGUUCAACUUAUAGAAGGAUCAAACAACAGAAAUAAAUGUAAAUGGGUCAGUAAAAUAAGCAAUAAGGAGAGGAGUGAGACAAGGAUGCCUUUUGUCAAUAUAUAUACUGCACUUGCUUUGAGGAUGAUAUUGUUAUCUUAGUAGAGUCUGAACAUGACAUGAAUAAUAUGAUGAAAAUUCUAUCAAGUGCACUUGAUAAAUUUAAAAUGAAAAUAAAUUCCAUGAAAACCAAAACAAUACGCUCAGGUCUAAAUUUUAAUACACAAAUAAACAAUACACAAUUACAACAGGACCUUAGAAGUAUCAUAGCUCCUAAUAACAAAUCAACACCAGACAUUAGAAGAAUAAUAGCUUUGGCAAAGUAAACAUUCCAAAACAAAAAUCAGCUUCUCAUCAAUAAACAUCUGAGCAAUGGUAUACGUAAAAGAUCCGUUAAAACUUUGUCUGGAGUUUACUUUCAUAUAGCAGUGAAACAUGGACAAUUGACAAGAAAGACAAAAGCAAACUAGAGGCAUUACAAUAAUUGUAUGGAGAAAAAUUACAAAGACAAAAUGGAUAGACAAGACAAGAAAUGAGCAAGUACAAGAAGAAAGAUAGCUGAUGAAAGUCAUUGAAUCAAGAAAAAAUAAAGUUAAUCGGACACAUCAUCUAACACAUUGAUUAUAUAAUCAAUAUCUUUGAAGGCAAAAUAACUGGGAAGAAACCAAGAUGAUGCCCAAGGAACAAUAUUUUAAACAUAUCCUGGAACUCUUGAACUGAGGGUCUUUUGUUUCAUUAAAGAAUUUGGAGUCAAACAGAGAAAUGUGGCUUCAAAGAAAAGGCAUUGCCAUUAAUAGAUAAUGAAGUAAUAUAGUAGUUAAACUUU